AUGGAUCGCAAUCAGAAGACUGAUCGAAAAUAUCAGACAGAAGUGACUGAUGAAUCUCUGUCACUUGAUCAUGGCUCCGGGACCGUCAGCGAUGUGAAUGCCGGCUUGGAUCACCAGAGUGAUUUGCAGCGAAGACUCAAGCCUCGUCAUCUAGACAGUCAGAUGAUUGCCAUUGGUGGUGUCAUUGGAACUGGACUGUUUCUUGGAACUGGUUCUGACUUGGCCCAUGGCGGACCUGCAGGCCUCCUGAUCGGCUAUUGUGUCAUGGCAUCUCUACUGUUCUCAGUUAUGGUCGCUCUAGGUGAGAUGAUAUCACAUCUUCCCAUCGCUGGUGGUCAGUUCGCACUGGCAAGCCGCUUCGUAUCUCUUGCUGUUGGGUUUGGGAUGGGCUGGCUCUAUUGGUACAACUACAUCGUCGUUCUUCCGGCAGAGCUCUCGGCCUCUGCUGUCCUUGUAUCUUAUUGGACACCAGCGGGCGAGGCCGACUCGACUUGCACUACCGGCAUCUGCAACAAUAGUCUUUGGAUCGCCAUCUUCCUCAUCGUGGUAAUUGCCAUCAACUUUGGUGGUACAAGAGUGUUUGGCGAAAUUGAGUUCUGGUUCUGUACGAUCAAGGUUCUCACCAUCAUUGGACUGAUCAUCACUGGAAUCAUCAUUACUUCUGGUGGCGGUCCUGAUGGCACACCGAUUGGCUUCCGCUACUGGAACCAGACUGGAGGAUUUGUUCAAUACCAAGACAUACCAGGAGCCAAAGGACGAUUCUUAGGCUUCUUCAGUGUUCUCAUCAACGCUGCUUUUGCAUUCAUCGGGACGGAGAUUACUGCUAUCACGGCUGUCGAAUGCGCCAAUCCAAAACGCGCCGUACCAACAGCCAUCAAAAGCGUGUGGAUUCGACUGGUCCUGUUCUAUCUAUGCAGCGCAUUCAUCAUCGGUCUCUUGGUCUCGCCCUCUGAUCCUGAUCUCAACCUUGGCACCGGCGCGGCAAAGAGUCCUUUCGUUCUUGCCAUGAAGAAUGCUGGCAUAUCUGUGCUUCCAUCGGUCGUGAACGCUGCUCUCUUGACAAGUGCCUGGUCUGCAGGAUGUGCUGAUCUCUUCGUAUCCUCUCGAGCUCUGUACGGGCUCGCGUCAAGAGGUCAAGCCCCUGCGAUCUUCCGCAAAGUUCGUAAGGAUGGCCUCCCUUGGGUCUGCGUGUUGUGCGGCACCGCGUUUGCCUUGAUCUCCUUCAUGGCUGGUGCGAGUGGUAAAGCUGGGACUGUAUUUGGCUAUUUCUCAAAUAUGACGGCCAUCUGUGGCAUGAUCUCCUGGGCUUGCAUCUUAUGGACAAGCAUCCGUUGGCAGAAGGGUCUCAAGGCUCAAGGCAUCGAUCGCGACACAUUGCCUUACAAGGCUCCUUUCCAACCUUAUCUUUCAUACUAUGGCCUCACUGUCAGCAUCUUAGUCAUGAUAUUCGGUGGCUUUACAGCUUUCAUGCCUCACUUCAAGGCGUCGUCUUUUGUCACAACUUACUUCCCCAUUCCGUUCUUCAUGGUCUUGUCCAUUGGCUACGCAAUCUAUGCCAAGUCAAGCUUGAUUAAAUACGAGGAGAUGGACUUUUCCACUGGGUCCUCGGCAGACAUACCCAACGAACCUGCUGCUCCUGGCUUCUGGGGUAAGGUGGAAGAGUAUAUCUGA